UUAUAAAUCUUGGUUUAUUUUCCUUUCUGUAUAUAAAUGUGGGGGCAGCACAGAUGAAAAGGUAGAGUCUUGAAGCUAUCUCACAAUUCCCUCAAAGUUUCAAGAAUUUUUUUAUUUCUUUUCCAUCUCUACUUUUUCAUCCUGCAUUCAAGUUUCCCCACCUGAGUUGAUAACAUUCACAGCCAGAACAGUGAAAGUACUGAAUGAAACAAUAAGCCAUGUCAAAGAACUGGUGCAUAUAUAAUCAACCACAACCAAAUUACUCUCCAACUCCCUCUACCUCCUCUUCUCCCCCAUUUGGUGCUUCAAUGGGAAUGGUUUUUGCAGACAUGGGUUCCCUCUCAAUUGAUCCCAAAAAUGGUAUCACAAAUUUAUUCCAAAACAGCCCUCUUUCCAAAACACCAAACGGUUCUUGGGAUUUUCCAGCUUUCUUGAAAGGUGGGAUCUUGGAAAACCAUCAUCAUCUUCACGGCCACCAGAACAGUGAUGGAGAGGAAGAGGGUAAGGUAUCUGAUUCCAGUGAUGGUUUUGGAGAAAAUAGUGAGCCCUUUGAUCUCAAUGCUUCUAUAAGUGAUCAAGAUCAAGCUGCCAUGCAAGCUGAAGAGAAUAACAAUACUAAUAACAACAGCAAUGGUAGUAACAAAGAUGCAGAGAGCAGUGGGCAGUCAAAGCUUUGUGCAAGAGGCCAUUGGAGGCCUGCUGAAGAUGCAAAGCUUAAGGAGCUUGUAGCAAUUUAUGGCCCUCAAAACUGGAACCUUAUAGCAGAGAAGUUGGAAGGAAGAUCAGGAAAGAGCUGUAGGCUGAGGUGGUUUAACCAGCUGGAUCCCAGAAUCAACAGAAGAGCAUUCAGUGAAGAAGAAGAGGAGAGACUAAUGGCUGCUCACAGACUGUAUGGGAACAAGUGGGCCAUGAUAGCAAGGCUAUUCCCAGGAAGAACAGAUAAUGCAGUAAAGAACCAUUGGCAUGUCAUAAUGGCCAGGAAGUAUAGAGAGCAAUCAAGUGCUUACAGGAGGAGAAAAAUGGGGCAUCUUGUUUACAGAAGAAUGGAAGAAGAAGUUGAUAAUAAUUUUCAUACCAGCAAUUCUUCAUUUGGUGGGAUGGUUUAUGGGUCAAAUGGCUGUGGAGAAGUAAUCCCAUCUAACAAUGGCCACCCCAUUCUACCCCCAUUCUCUGGAUCUGCUGCAUCUCACCAAAUGCCUUUUGAUCCUUUCCCAGGAAAAUGCAACAAAGAGAUUGGGGACAUGGGAAGAUGUUGGGGAAAGGCUCAAAUUCAUGGCCAACACUACCCUCCAUCUCCACUGAUGAUCACAACAAACAUGCACCACUCAUCUCAAUCCCCACAGUACAUUAAUUUUCCAUGCUCCACCACCAUCUCACCGGAAUUCUUCAUUGUAAGGUCACAACCACCGCCACCUCCACCACCGUCAGUGGCUGAGGAAGAGGACAGAAAAGGCAGCAGUAUGGGUAACACUCAGACAUUUGCCCCUACAUUUAUAGACUUCCUUGGAGUUGGAGCCACUUGAAAACAAAAGAAAAAGCUUAAAAUGGUUCCUUCCACGCCCGGCCAGACCACCUGAAGGAAAUGUAUGUUCUUUCCAGGAAUCAGAAAAAGAACCAUUUUUUUUCACUUCUGGGGAGGAAACAGUGAAAUCUCUGCAGUGGGGGGUGACACUCAUGAUAAUAACAAAAGCUAACAUCUUUCCCCAAUCCCCAUUAUUGUGACUCUCUUUAUGAGCCCUCAAAUCAACAAAAAGGAAAAAUAAGAAAAGAAAAAUCAUUACCCACUGUUGGAACAAUAAUCUUUUGUCUGUUUCUCUUUAUAAAUUCCCUCUAAAAAACUAUAAAUGAACAGUGUGAUAUUAUAAGAGAACCAACAAGACCAGAAACUUGAGAGAAUGGGCAAACUUCAUGAAAAUCUGGUUGAGAAAGUAUGGUCACAGAUGGGAGUGGGGUGGGGUGGGGUGGGGUGGGGUGGGGGUGGGGGUAUGCAUUCAAUAAUGAAACUGUAUGUGUGUAUAAACAUGCUUGGGGGCAGUGAAGAAUCUUGCUUCUGAAAAAAUAAUGUUGGAGGCCACCUAACCUACAUGCGAAUAAUGCAUGCAAACUGUCCUAACAGUUGUUUCCUUGCCGCCCAUUUUAGGGGAUAUCGUUGCCUAAUUAUUCUCCUUACUUGCAGCAAAGGAGUCCAUCAUUUGGGAAAUAAAGUUUGCUUUACAGUUUAAUUAAUGCUAAUGGAUUUGAUAAUGGAGUCCAUCAUCAGCUUUAAUUAGCUCGCAUUUAAAUAUUUAGUCCUACCUUCCGUUACUUGUUCAUAUGAGGCUAUGAUGCACACAUGCUUCUCUAUUUCUACUUUACUUACAUUUAGGGGUGUUCGUCCGUUCGGUUUUGGCGGUUUCAAUUUUAUCAAUUCACUUUUAUCG